AAAUUGGACGCUAUCCCGGUCGAAAGUUACCGCUUUCGAGCCACCAAAAGGGUAAUCGAUUUAACCCUAACAGACUAUUCCUACCCCGACGACGAUUUGAAAGUGAUUCACGCGCCGAUAAACCCCCCCAAGAGAAGGGUUUUCAAAGGCGAGUGUUCGAAUUCAAAGCCUGAACCGGUUCAGGAACCCGAGCCAACCGCCCCUUCAACCUUCAUGUGCGAAAUCUGCGUCGACGAAAAGCCGACCGAGGAAUUAUUCCGUGUUCUCGGGUGCAGCCAUUCGUACUGCUCCGAAUGCAUGAGCAAAUACGUUGGGUCAAAGCUGAUGGAGAACAUCACUAACAUUAAUUGCCCUGUUUCCGGAUGCAGAGGGUUUCUCGAGCCGCACCACUGUCGUUCGAUCUUGCCUAAGCCGGUUUUCGACAGGUGGGGCGAUGCGUUGUGCGAGGCCAUGAUUUUGGGGUCCGAGAAAUUUUACUGCCCUUUCAAAGAUUGCUCUGCUUUGUUGAUUGAUGACAAGAUGGGAGGGGUGGUCCUGCAGUCGGAAUGCCCGAGUUGUAAUCGGCUUUUCUGCGCGCAGUGUAGGGUGCCUUGGCAUUUGAAUAUUUCGUGCGCGGAGUUUAAGAAGCUCGACAAGAAUGAGAGGAGCAAUGAUGAUUUAAUGCUGAUGAAUCUUGCCAAGGAGAAGAAGUGGAUGAGGUGUCCCAAGUGCAAAUUCUACGUCGAGAAGUCCGAGGGUUGCUUGUUCAUGCUAUGCAGGUGUAAACAUGCAUUUUGUUACAAUUGCGGACAUACGACAAAAGAUCACUACUGUAAAAACUGCAAGCGCUAAAUCCCGAGCAGUUAUUGAUUCACAAAUCACAGCGUAGAGGUACAAUAGUCGGAUGGAAGGUGGUGUAUAUACACGUCAAAGAUUGACGUUCGUAUAUUUAACAUUAUUAUAUUUUUUUAGAAAGAACCAGGCUUUGUGUUCCGGUUCCUUUUGGCAGAUUUGUUUUUCGAUAAUUUAUGGUAUAUAUAUGAAAUGGAAUAGCAUUGGAAUGAUCUUUGGUAGUAGGUUUGUUUGGAAUUUGUUUGGUUCUUAGAGUCUGCAUAUCUGCUGAAAUUAUUAGCUAUAAAACUACUUUGUUCAAAAUUAAGGAUUUUAUUUCCCUCUUGCGUGCAUUUUGAUUUUAUUCAUAAAAUUCAU